AUUUAUUUUUUUAUUUUUCGAAGAUUUUUUUAUUUUUUUCAGUGAUUUAUAAUGAGUGUGAGUGAUUUUUUAGGAAUUUUGGGAGUCUGAAUUGCUGGAAAUCUUGGUUCUUUCGUUGGAGAUUUGGGUGGAUUCCGUUCGGAUUUUUCGGUUCCGUGGGAUCUGCUGUUUGUGGGAAUGCGGCGGUGGUCGAUUGUUGCUGCGGUUCUGGAGUGAUUAGGGUGAGAUUUCCUGUUUUGAUCCGUGCGGAUUGAGGUUUUUGUAGGAUUUUUGUGUGGAAAAUUGAUGAGAAUCAGCGGCAUUGUUGAAGGCUUGAAGCAGAGAGUGUGGAGAAGAUAAAAAUUCGUUCUUUUGGUGGUUUUGUAUCAAUGCAUCGCUGAAAGCUGAGAUUUUUUUAUAUUUUUCUUUUGAAGUUUUUCGGAGAAAAAUGGAGCAGGGAUCUCAUGGUUUGGUUACAAAGGUUGUAGCCCUUCUCUUUUAGCUCCAUUGGGGUUUCUCUUCUUCUCGCGCUCUGUUGCCCAGAUCCCUUUCGCAAUUAUCUUGAAGGAGGGGAUCUGGGGCUCCAGUUGUCGUUCUUUAAAUAAUCAAGCAUUGGUUGAGGUUCUCUGCAUCGAUGGAGUCUUUCCAGGGCUUCAUUAUCUUUAUCACAUUUGUCGUGCUUCUCUCUGCUUAUCAGUACAAAGCUCAGUCGCCAGGCUCUUCUACUAUUCCUGCCAAACAACUGGAUUCAGUUCUCCAAGGCUAUGGUUUCAGUGCUUUUGUUCGUCCUCACACUGGAGUGAUAUAUGAUGCCAAUGUGCCUGUCAAUCUCACUGGUAUCAAGGUUUCCGUUCUUAGACUUCGAAGUGGGAGUUUGUUGGGCAGAGGGGUUCACAGCUUCAAGGAAUUUGAUAUACCUGUUGGGGUUUGGGUUCAUCCCUAUGUUGAGAGGCUUGUGUUUGUUUACCAGAAUUUGGGUAACUGGUCUUCAGUUUACUACCCAUUGCCUGGUUUCAGGUAUCUGGCUCCUGUACUCAGCCUUCUAAUCUAUGAUGCAGCAAAUUUAUCAGCAACCAACUUGCCAGAGAUUGAUUUUGUGGCUUCAAAAUUGCCUAUUUCGAUAAACUUCACAAAUGUGGCUCCAGUGCCCAGUGGGCUUACUCCAAAGUGUGUGUGGUUUAAUUUGGAUGGCUCACCGGAGUUUCGAGAAUUGGUGACGGACAAUGUAUGUUCGACUUAUCGGCAGGGGCACUUCUCCAUUGUUGUCAAUUCUACUGGGCUUGCUCCUUCUCCAGCACCAAGUGCCGGGCCAAAUGUAGGUCCUAUUCCUGUGCGUCACAAGAGUCACAAUUCAACGGUGUGGAAGAUUGUUGGUGGUGUGCUGGGAGGCUUUGUCAUUCUAGUAUUGGCUGCUUGGCUUUUGGGACUGUUACUCAGAUACACGCAAAAGAAGAAGGUGGCAAAGAUGGAGCAGCAUGCUGAAGUAGGGGAAACUUUACGGAUGGCGAGGGUUGGGAAUGCUCAGGCACCUGUGGCAUAUGGUACACGCACCCAACCAAUGCUUGAGAAUGAAUAUGUUGCAUAAAUCAUUGGCAUCUGAUGAACAAUGAACACGAACAUGAACAUGGUCCCUUCCUCGUUGAUAACUGAAGAUGCACAAGCCCCCGGGUGCUGUAUUCCUUCAAAUGCCUGAUGUGUACAGAAUUGAUAAGAGUGCCAUCGCUCUCUUUUCUGGUCAACAAUCAUUUUCAGAUGGAUUUUUGCACAUUGUAGAUUUAGACUUUGGUUGUGGAAAUUGCUCAAUAUCAGACCAUGUAUUCUUUUGUGGAUGUUCUUUGAUCUGUUUGGAUUAUUCCAGUCCUUCUAACUAACAAUUGUAACUUCUCAUUCUUGGAAGGAAAUCCAUUUGCCAUGGAGGCAUACUAGGGAGAAGGUACUUCCUGCUAUGUUUUGGCCUGGAAUUGUUUGGAUUAUUGUUUCUUUGGUUGCUGUAUUCACGUUGGAUUUGCAAAUAAAGCUGAUAUUUGAUUUA